AUACUCUAGCUCCGCCCACCUACCCUACCUCCCUGUCUGAGUGGCUGCAAGACUUGCGGAGGCUAACUUCCCAUUGGCCACCGGUGGGAACGCAGACAUCCGGUUUGCGCGUCGGGGCGGCGGGCGAGGAGGCAGCCAUGGUGCGGUUCAAACACAGGUAUCUGCUCUGUGAAGUGGUGUCUGACGACCCCCGCUGCCGCCUGAGCCUAGAAGACCGAGUGCUGGGCAGCCUCGUACGGGACACGAUCGCCCGCGUGCACGGGACUUUCGGCGCUGCCGCCAGUUCCAUUGGCUUCGCCGUGCGAUACCUCAAUGCCUAUACUGGAAUAGUGCUACUUCGAUGCCGGAAGGAAUUCUACCAGCUUGUGUGGUCAGCUCUCCCCUUCAUCACAUACUUGGAGAACAAAGGUCACCGUUACCCGUGUUUUCUCAACACCUUACACGUGGGAGGUACAAUUAGAACAUGUCAGAAGUUCCUGAUUCAGUACAACCGGAGACAGCUGUUGAUCUUGUUGCAACACUGCACUGAUGAAGGAGAGCGGGAAGCUAUCCAGAAGUCUGUCACAAGAAGCUGUUUACUAGAGGAGGAGUCGGGUGAGGAGGAGCUUUCAGAUGGUGGCGGUGAGGAGGCUGCUGACACAAUGGAGUGAACCUCUGCAGGCUGCAUAGUGCUCAAGCCUCAGGACCCAGUUGGAGGAGGACACUCUGGGAGGCAGCGGCAUCUUCUACAAUUCUGCAAGCUGAUGACUAGCAAACACAGGCCAAGUUACCAGCUCAAGAUGGAGGACUUACUCACUUAAAACAAAGUGAGGUCACCCUUACCUAGCAUUCCUGGUUAAGGGGUUCUGCAGGUUGUGAAGCCCCUAUAGUUACAGACAUCUUUGUAUUCUUAUUGCCUGGCCAAGAGCAGAUUUAAUAAAUGCAUCUGGCUUCCAUAGCAUUUAGCAAACUUAAAUUCAAGCUUGCCCAAGUCUCUUUCCCCCUCUACUCCUGGCCUCAGUGGGGAGAUUGGCUCCGUAUGUGGUAGUGGAUGCAAACCCUCCCAUCUGAGGCCCUGUAACAGCAGCCCCUAGGAUGGGCCCUAAGCAAACUAGGUCAUUUAGAGCAGAAGUAUGAGUCAAACUCAGCUGGUCUCAUUACUGACCCAAAGGGCCUUAAAAAUACCCUAUUCCUUGCCAAUACUUAAUCAGAUAACUUGACCAAAAAUGCAGUUCUUGCACUUUUCUUGGGGGGGUGGGGGGGAACCUGGCCUCACCUGACGUCAUUAUUACAAAGCUGAGUAGCAGCUGCCAACUUCUGGUAGUUUUCUGCAGUUCCACCCUUCCCUAUUGCCUUACACCUGAGGACACGUGAGACUGCCACACUCACAGGGAUUAGGAGGGACGAGAGACUUGUGGUCAGUUUUGAUCUGCCUACUAAUGACAUUUCUCAGAUCUGUUUUCUCCAUAAUAAAAUGGAUGUCACUCAAAGUCCCUUA